AAACGCCUCUGCCCAAACUCAAUCGUGGACGUGGAGUAAACGCUUCUCAUUUUCUUUACCUUAUCGGAGCCAAAACCGGUCAGUGAGGAAGUCAGCUUCUCUCUUUUUCGUCUAGUCUGUUAACUUCCACACUACGAAAAACCUCAACAUCAAAAUCACUCGAUUCUCGAUCCACUUCAAUUUCUCAAAUCCACGAUGCUUUUCUGAGCUAAACUUCUAUCGACAACACCAACAAGUUUUUAUUCUUAAGUUUCGAUCUCUACCUCCAUGGACGACUCCUACAAUAAUAUCUCUUCAAGCCACUUGCUUGGUUCAGUUCCCGCGGUUGUUGCUGAAGAAAAUAAAAACACAAACUAUGAGGUCCCUGAAGCUAAUAUGCAGACAUUUCCCCCAAAUAAUGGAGGAGCAAGUAGGCAAGGUUAUCAAACUCUUGGAAGUCCACCUGAAAGCUUUGAGCAACAACCAGCAAACAAUUGGAGGGGAGUAUUUAGUGUCGCAUCAUACCAGCAAUAUUUUAAUGUGGAUACAGAUAUUGUCAUGAACAGAUUGAUGAGUUCCUUGUACCCCUUUACUGGAGAUUUUUUCAGCAAGAUUGAAGCCAACCCUGAUCUAUAUGGGCUUAUCUGGAUCUCCACUACAUUGGUAUUUGUGCUAGCUUCACUUGGAAACUGUGCCACAUACCUCAUGGAAAAACAUACUAGCAGCAGUACUUCUUGGAGCUUUGAUGUCAGCUAUGUAAAUAUGGCAGCAAGUGUUACCUACGGUUAUGCCAUUUUGGUGCCCCUGGCAUAUUACUUUUUGAUAAAGUAUAUGGGUUCAAAUGCUAGCCUUGUUCGAUUUUGGUGCCUGUGGGGAUACUCUCUCUUCGUCUUUAUUUUGAGCUCUUUUUUACUUCUUAUUCCUGUCGAGUUUCUCCGGUGGAUCAUCAUACUUCUUGCCGGGACCGUCUCAUCUUGCUUUGUCGCAUUAAAUCUGAAAUCUUAUAUAGAGGGGAAUGACCUCACAAUACUGGUGGUUGCUUCAUUUUUUCUGCAAAUGGCUCUGGCAGUCUUCAUCAAGGCCUGGUUCUUUCCAUAGCCCUUAGUCUCCGAGGUCCAAUUUUGAACCUGCUGUGUGCUUCUUCCUGGGAACCGUAUGAUAUCCUUUGAAACUUGGUUCGGAAGCAUUUAUUUCUGUAUGUUUUGAGAUAGGUGAUUUGAAAUGGUCACAUUGUAGUUCAGUUAAAAGAGUUUGAAACAUGCUACAUUAAAAGAGUCUGAACGAGUGAAUUCUUGUACUAAUUUUGCAUGGAUGGUGUUGGACUACAGCCUUUAGAAGCCCAACAUGACACAUAUUACUUAGGAGUAAUAUUAGAUCUUCGAAUUU